AUGGCAACGGACCGCUAUGUAGAUGAUAUGUUUGGCGUUGGUGAUUUUGCCGAAGAGGAUGAUAAUGAAGAGAAAGAGGAGGAGGCUGAUGCUAGGCCAGCACCUGCCAACGAUACUUUGGUAGAACAGAUUGAGAAGUCAACGAACGAAAGCGAAGACAUCCUUCGAAUUCUCAUCGCCAGCGAUAUCCACGUUGGUUACGGCGAGAAUAAGCCUCACUUGUAUCUCGACUCUAUAAAUACAUUUGAAGAGGUGCUGAAGAUUGCUGUGGAGAAGAAAGUUGACAUGAUUCUUCUAGGGGGUGAUCUAUUUCACGAGAACAAUCCAUCUCGGGACAUGCAGCAUCGUGUCAUUCAGUUGCUUCGUCAGUACUGUCUCAAUGACAGAGAGGUCGCGUUGGAGUUUGUAUCAGAUGCAACAGUGAAUUUUGAUCACAGCCGUUUCGACAGGGUAAACUACGAGGACGCGAAUAUAAAUGUGGGUUUGCCGAUUUUCUCCAUACAUGGAAAUCACGAUGAUACAGCUGGGAAGGGUCUAACAAUUCUCGACGUGUUGCACGAAGCAGGUUUGAUCAAUCUUUUCGGAAAAUUUGCUGAUAUCGAUCAGUUUGAUGUUAGUUUAAUAACGCUUUUCUACAACACUGUUAGCCCAAUCCUCCUCCGCAAAGGCUCAACCCGUGUUGCCUUAUUUGGCAUUGGAAGCCAGAGAGAUGAUCGACUCUGCAGGGCUUUUGCAGGACAUACCAUAAAAUUCUUGCGACCGCGUGCGGGUUAUGAUGAUUGGUUCAAUAUCCUUGUUCUUCAUCAAAAUCGUCCUAGAAGGUCUACCCAUCGUUCCACCGGUGCGUACCUGCCUGAGCAAUACAUUCCCACUUUCUUUGAUCUCGUUCUUUGGGGACAUGAGCAUGAGAGCAAACCGCAUUGUCAAUAUGUGGCCUCUUCUGAUGCUAUGGGUGAUGGAUUCUAUAUCUUGCAGCCUGGUUCUACCGUUGCAACAUCGCUUACAAAAGAAGAAUCAUUGCAAAAGAAUGUCUUCUUGAUCAAGGUCAAGGGCCGAAAGUUCCAGUGCAAACCUAUUCCACUACAAACCACUCGUCCGAUGUUAGUUGACGAAAUUAUCCUUGACACACUCCCGGAAGGCGUAAGAUUGCCAGCUAAUGGCAUAAGACCAGCUGGAGGAGGAUUUGUGUUGGAUGAGAUGAUCGUAAAUGAGAAAAUCGACGAAAUGAUCCGUGUAGCAGAAGAAAACCGCGGUCCCCAACAACCUAAACUUCCUCUUCUACGUUUAAAAGUCACUUACGCUGGACCGUGGGCACAGAUGCAGCCUGUGCAUGGCCGCCAGAUCGGGACGAAAUAUCAAGAUCGCGUAGCGAAUGCUGCUGAAAUAGUAGUGACUAGGAGGGUUGGUCAUGUUUUUGACUAUCUUAUAAGAACUACGUGUUUUGCUUUAGGUAACCGAACGGAAAAAAGGUAAGG